ACUUGUCGUUAUCUAGUAUGCUAUUAAAAUCGCACGUGAAGCGGUCGCAGACAUCAUACCUAGUUGGCUUUUGUUUUUGACGCAGUAGGUUGUCAUUUAAUUUGACAACGUGCCGAGAGCAGUUCGUUUUUGUCACACGUCAUAACGCACGUACGGGUUAGUUUGUGUCGGUGCAGUUCUGUUUACAACUGGAACCGUAUCUCGUAGUAGCUAAGAUUUAUACAACGUUGAAUACCUCGUAAAGGUUGAUAUAUUCUAAAAUAACAUGGGUUGUUGCGAAUUAAAGGUUGGUGGUAGCGGGUCUGGAAUGGAGACGGCGAAGGACGCCGCACGUGGGCACGCGGGCCGGCGCAUCUCGAGCCGAUGAGACGGGCGCCCGCCCACGGACCGCCCCAUCUUCAUCUGAGACACCCGGAUCAAGAGCAGCAGCAGCCGCCGCCACCGGCCACCUCUGACUCCGUCGACACCCUAACCACCACCACCACUGACUCCCAACAUACAGUUUCAGCGGAGUUAGCCGAGGUGGAGGAGUAUGACGCCGUCAGCUUUGGCGGCUCUUCGGACGUGGAGUUCGAGACCCGCGAGACUCUCAAGCUGACCGCCCGCGGCCGCCGCCCGCAGACGCCGCACACGCCGCCCCCGCCCGCCCGUCGCCGAACCCUCAGGGAUGAGACGAAGAAAGAGAUACAGGAGCUUGGAGACGAUGAAGCCACUCUCAGAGAAUUGCUUAUUAGUCUACAGAAGCAGGUGAGCGUGAUGAGCAUGAACCUGUCGGCGAAGCUGGACGACCUGCAGCGGGGCGACCGGCACCUGGAGACGACGGUCGCGCUCUGCGAGAUCCGCACGCAGCUGCAGGAGCUGACCAAGUCGGUCGAGUCCUGCCAGUCGGAGGUGUCGGAGGUGAAGCGCGACAUGGUCGCCAUCAAGCAGGAGCUCGACACGGUGCAGGCGGUCAAGGAGGAGAUCGAGGAGCUGCGGGAAUACGUCGACCGCCUCGAGGAGCACACGCACCGCAGGAAGCUGCGUCUACUCGAACAGGGUUUGACGUUCUUCCUGUCGUACGCGAUCUUCGCGGCGGUCCUGGGCAUGCUUCAAUUCGGAUACAACACGGGCGUGAUAAACGCGCCCCAAGCCAACAUCGAGUACUUCAUGAAGGACGUGUACAAGUCGCGGUACGGCGAAGAUCUGCCCGACGAGGCGGUCGAGCGACUCUACUCGAUCGCCGUCUCCAUCUUCGCCAUCGGCGGCAUGUUGGGCGGCUUCGGCGGCGGCAUGGUAGCCAACAAGUUCGGCAGGAAAGGCGGUUUACUUCUAAACAACGUUUUGGGAAUUACCGGUGGUUGUCUCAUGUGGUGCACAAAACUAUCGAACUCCUACGAAAUACUGUUCCUUGGCAGGUUUAUUAUUGGGGUUAAUUGUGGGUUAAACACCUCUCUGGUGCCGAUGUAUAUAUCGGAGAUAUCGCCGUUGAACCUCCGCGGAGGUCUGGGCACCGUGAACCAGCUGGCUGUGACCGUCGGCCUUCUUUUGUCCCAAGUGCUCGGCAUCGAGCAGAUCCUCGGCACGAACGACGGCUGGCCGCUGUUGCUCGGCCUGGCCGUCGUGCCCGCCUUACUGCAGCUCGUCAUGCUGCCCAUCUGUCCCGAAAGUCCCCGAUACCUCCUCAUCACCAAACAGUGGGAGGAGGAGUCCCGUAAGGCGUUAAGAAGACUGAGAGCGAGCAACCAGGUGGAGGAGGACAUCGAGGAGAUGCGACAGGAGGAGCGGGCGCAGUCCGCGGAAUCUUCGAUCAGCAUGAUGGAGUUGAUCUGCUCGCCGACGCUGAGGACGCCGCUGAUCAUCGGCGUCGUCAUGCAGUUGUCGCAGCAACUUUCCGGAAUCAACGCUGUUUUCUAUUAUUCUACAAAUCUGUUCGAAAGUUCGGGUCUGACCCAGGAGAGCGCGAAAUUCGCGACCAUCGGAAUCGGUUGCAUCAUGGUGAUAAUGACGUUGAUAUCGAUACCGUUGAUGGACAGGAUGGGUCGCAGGACGUUGCACCUUUAUGGUUUAGGCGGCAUGUUCAUCUUUUCAAUUUUCAUCACCAUCUCGUUUUUAAUAAAGGAGUUUUUUGGCUACGUGCAGGAAAUGAUCGACUGGAUGUCCUACCUGUCCGUGGUGUCGACGCUCUUUUUCGUCAAGUUCUUCGCCAUGGGACCGGGAUCGAUCCCGUGGAUGAUCACUGCCGAGCUGUUCUCGCAAGGGCCGCGCCCUGCCGCCAUGUCCAUCGCCGUGCUUGUCAACUGGAUCGCCAACUUCGUCGUCGGCAUCGGUUUUCCCAGCAUGAAGAGCGCUCUGGAUAACUACACGUUCCUGCCAUUUAGCGUGUUCCUAGCCAUCUUCUGGAUAUUCACCUACAAGAAGGUUCCCGAAACGAAAAACAAAACCUUCGAAGAAAUUUCUGCCUUAUUUAGACCAGAAAAUGGAAGUUCAAACGGGACCGCCCUACAGGAAAAAACAAAUACUUCAGCCGAUAAAUAAAUAAUGAGCCGAUAAAAUACAUAUCUUUAUAGUUGAUAUUACAAAUUACAAAUAUUGACUAUUUGUAAGUUUUUUCUUAAUAUAUUAUGAUAUAGACGAAAUGAUAUUAUUCAUGUCAUAUAAAGUUUUUUAGAGUUUUAUAUAACAAAGCAAUUAAAAUUGCAAUUAUACAAUAAACAGAUUAUAUUUUUUAUUUUUGUUUUAAUUAAAAUGCUUAGUUGAAUACUAUGAGGCGCCGUUUGUGCCAUAAUUAAACUCUCCAAUAUAUAAAUAAUUUUGAAUAUAUAUUUAUUUUUUACUAAAUAUAUAUUUAUUUUUUACUUUAUAUGUAUUUGUAUUUCAUAUUUUAAUAUUUGUUUUUAUAUAUAUAUUUAUUUUUUUUAAAUAUAAAUUUAAAUACACAAAUAUAUAUUUGUAGUUGCUUUUAAUAUAUUUAUGAAAUUCGACUUCACCAUUUGAUCGCUAGAGGCGCUGCUCAACUUAUUAAAUGUGGCAACGCUGUAGCAAGUGCUGCACCCAAUUAGACAAUAGGAGCUUUUGUUUACGAAUUGAAAUAACGGUUUGUUCUGCAAGGUCUCUGCGUGGUUAAAAAAAUUUACCCCGUGUUUUAAAAUUAUUAAUAAAACGGAAUAUUGCGGGUAUCUACGUGUCUCCCUAAAUAAAACCAUACAACAGCGGUUUAAAAGGCGCUUUAAAUCCAAGAUACCUACACCCAAAGAACAUACACUUAAAUUAAAUCUUUGUAUCAUAAAAUAAUGAGAACACAGAGAAAACA